UCAGACUUUUUUUCUCACAAACCAGGGGCUGUCAGUCAGAGAGGGAGUACGCCGUGAUGCACCUCUCUGACGCAAACAACAACAACUAUGCGGCUGUAGUACUUUAGCAAUACCAAAUCAACGCUUCACUUCAAUCAGAACCAUCGGAUCGUAUAUUUCGAAAAAAUGUUUUCCUAAAUUAUUAUUGCUACCUAACUUGUUAGCUUCCAGGUUAGCUUGAAGUUUGGACCGUCUUGCUAAUUCGUCACUUUUCGACUCGAAAUUCAAACGUAAUCUACCACAAAGCAAUACCGUCUGCAGGAUUAUUACACAUUGGACAGCUAAAGAUGGAGUCUGUAGAUCUAUUUGGCUGCACCAGUCCUGUUAAAACUGUUUUGAAAAGAAGGCCCGACACGAUCCCCGGGCUUUCCUCGCCCGAGAUGAGCACAAAGAACGCGCACUGCAGGGACCUGUUCUCCCCUGGACCCGCUGCUGUGCUGUCGCCUGUUACCAAUUUGGCUCUGGACAUGAACAAUUGGGCUGGACUUGGAAGUUUAUGUGAUACCCCGAAAAGGAGAAAGAAUGCAAACCUUGAAAAGAUUCCCUCCUUUGCCUCUGACGUCUCAUCUGAUGCUGGCCUCGGCAUGGAUCCCAUGGAUGCUCAGGGAUUGAACGACUCAUUUGAAUUUGAGAAGACCAUUCAACAGGCGAGCAGAGUCAUCAAUAACAGGAUGCCAAUUAGAAGAAUCAACUCUUUGCCGCUCCAGCUCCAGCUUUGCAGUCCACCAAUGAAGAGACAGGAAACAGAUUCCCACCGCUAUGGAAUAUUCGGACAACAACCCUCCCAAAUGACCGCCUCCUCCUCCUCUCAACGUGACAACAAGGAGAACAUGCCGGAGGAGUGCUUUGAAUUUAAGAAACCCACCAAGCCGGUGUCUCGGUGUCGUGUGCGCUCCUUGAACAGCGGCCAGGCGUUCGCCCACCGCCCCAGCUCCGCUCCGGCUCUCAUGCAGCUUGACUUUGAGUCCAGCCCCAUGUUCCUGAGACGUACCUCCACCGACUCGCCUCUCAAUGACGACGAGGACGACGGCGGCUUCCUGGAAGGAAUGGAUAACAUGGAGGAUGAGUCCACGAUGCCGAUGCCGAUGGGAAUGGCCUUACUGCUCAUGGCCCCGCUGGUGACCGACGGUUCAGGAGAAGACUCUCCUUUGAUCCUCUGCCGGCCCCGCAGCCUGUUCCGCUCCCCCUCCAUGCCGAACCCCCUCCCCUCACGCCCGUCUGCGAAGCGCCCAGACUGUCCUGCAGAUGACAACACUCCGGUCCGGGUGAAGAGGCGCCGCAGCGUGGCAGGAACUCAGGUCACCCCCCUGGAACAAAACGCAGAAUCACCCAGAACGGGCUGCUCUCUGCUCCAGAGAUCCAAGUCUUGCUGCCAGACGAAUAUCGAGAAGCUGCUGGACGGCGACGACACCUCUAAUGAUCUAAUAGGAGAUUUCACCAAGCCUUUUGUGCUUCCCACAGUGGAAGGCAAACAUCAAGACCUCAAGUACAUCACCCCAGACACGAUGGUGUCGGCUCUCUCCGGUCAGUUUAAUCAUCUAGUGGAGCGCGUCAUCGUCAUGGACUGCCGCUACCCCUACGAGUUUGAGGGGGGACACAUAAAGGAAGCUCUGAACCUCCACCAGGAGAUUCAGGUGGAGGAUUACCUCCUGAAAACGCCUAUCGUCCCGUCCUGCCCGGACAAACGCGUCGUCGUCAUCUUCCACUGCGAGUUCUCGUCGGAGCGUGGCCCUCGAAUGUGUCGCUUCGUCAGGGAGCGAGACCGCGCCGCCAACGAGUAUCCAAACCUCCACUACCCCGAGCUCUACAUCCUGAAGGGCGGAUACAAAGACUUCUUCCCUCAUUACCAGGCACAAUGUGAACCUCAGGCCUACAGGCCGAUGCACCACGUGGACUUCAAGGAGGACCUGAGGAAGUUUCGCCUGAAGAGCCGCACCUGGGCCGGGGAGCGCAGCAAGAGAGACAUGUACAGCCGCCUGAAGAAGCUGUGAGCGCCUCCUAAGAAACACACUGCCCCCCCAUCAAUAUACAAUGCCCCCCCCCCCCAACCAGGAAAUAUCUUUUUUAGGGACUGUGCCAACAGAAAGGUCUCAACAUUUUCCCUGUAACUCAAGCAAAGUUAGUUAUUUAUUCAAAUGUUAAGAGGGGAAAGACGUGACCUAAAGCUGGCGCUGAGGGGCAGUGCACAGAUUUCACUGAGAAGCAAUGUGAUCGUUUUUAAUAACCACUCGGACCUACUGCCUGUUUUUAAAAGGUUUUUAUUAUUUUGCUGCCUUUUGCGGCACAACUUGCAAUAUCACAACCCACACUGCAUAGGCUAAAGUUCUCCAGGCUCCUCACUGGAUUUUUUUUUUCGUCAUGUCCCACUUUAUCGUAGCACUUAAAUUAAAUAACUUGAAAUGGUGUGGUGCUUUUUUAUACUCCUUUUUGAUAUAAAAAUGUUUGCUAAAUUGUGUCUACCCCAUUUAUAUUGAUUUGUUUAAAAAAUGCCUUUCUCUAGGCAUCCUAAAAUGCAAAUUUGAUAUUUUUACAACAACUUGUACAGAUUGAAUGCAGAGUUUUUCCUUUUCGGAUCAUUUGUUCUCUGUCAGAAGAUACCAAAGCAAACCCACUACCUGUUAACUUCGCAGUGAGAUUCACCUGAUGCUGCAGGCCAGCAAGUGAUAGGAGUUCUUGAUCUAAGAUCCUUUGUUUUGCUUUGAUUCUUUUACAUUUCCAGAGAUUAAAAUGUCUUCCACUCUGCAGAGUUAAUGAUGGUUUAUAAUGAACUGGCUUGAAGAUUUUGGUACAGGCUUGUGGGGGAGCUGCUGAAAUAAAAGCCAAUGUGUGUUCAAA